GCAGGUCUGCACCCAUUCCACCUUCCGCCCUCAAUAUGGUUCGCGCCGCGUCGCCAGCGCUCUCGGAGAAUGAAUUCGAUAUCUCCAAGUCGCUAUUCGGCGGUGAGGCCGACCUCCUCUCGGACAACAGCGACAACGAAGCCACCCGCGAAGCGUCUCCAUUUUCACAACGACCACCAGCCAUAGAAGAUGCUUCCGAUAGCGACGACGCAUUCAUCGCUGCGACACAAUCCAAAGCGAACCGCAAAAAUGACAGCAAGACUGCGAAAAAAGCGGGCGCAUUCCAGACCAUGGGACUGAACACGCAUCUGCUCAAAGCAAUCACGAGGAAAGGCUUCAACGUGCCUACGCCGAUCCAGAGAAAGACUAUUCCUCUAAUAAUAGAUGGACAGGAUGUGGUGGGCAUGGCGAGGACAGGAUCAGGAAAGACAGCCGCUUUUGUGAUCCCCAUGAUCGAGAAGCUGAAGACACAUUCUGCGAAGUAUGGAGCGAGAGCUAUGAUCCUUAGUCCGUCGAGAGAACUGGCUCUACAGACUUUGAAGGUCGUCAAAGAGAUGGGAAGAGGCACGGACCUGAGGACAGUGUUACUGGUGGGAGGAGACGGUAUAGAAGACAAUUUUGGAUCCAUGGCUGCAAAUCCGGACAUCAUCAUCGCCACACCUGGCCGAUUUGAACAUGUGAAGGUCGAAAUGGGACUCGACUUGAGCUCUGUGAGAUAUGUCGUUUUUGACGAGGCUGACCGGUUGUUCGAGAUGGGUUUUGCUGCACAGUUGACCGAAAUUAUGCAUUCCCUUCCGGCAUCGAGACAAACGCUGCUUUUCUCUGCGACGCUGCCAAAGAGCUUGGUCGAGUUCGCAAGAGCUGGAUUGCAGGACCCGAAGUUGGUGAGAUUGGACGCAGAGAGCAAGAUUGCUCCUGGGUUGCAAAGUGCAUUCUUUACUGUGAAGCGCGCCGAAAAAGAGGGUGCCCUGUUGCACAUCUUACAGGAUGUCAUCAAAAUGCCUACGGGAUCAGCCAAACCGGCCAGCGGGGUCAAAGAAGGCAAGAAGGGCGACAAGAAGCGGAAGAGAGGUGCUGACGGGCCUGCCAACGAGACUACGUCGCCAUAUUCGACUGUCGUAUUUACGUCGACUAAGCAUCACGUCGAGUAUAUUGCCAACUUCUUGAAGGCCUGGGGUUACGCGACAUCCUAUGUAUAUGGCUCUCUGGACCAAACGGCACGCAAAAUGCAAGUUCAGGACUUUCGAUCGGGAGUGACGAACAUCUUGGUGGUCACUGAUGUGGCAGCCCGUGGUUUGGAUGUGCCAUUACUGGCCAACGUUAUCAACUACGACUUUCCAUCACAGCCAAAGAUCUUUGUGCACCGCGUCGGGCGAACAGCAAGAGCAGGUAAGGAAGGUUGGAGUUACAGUUUGAUCACACAGCCGGACAUGCCUUAUCUGCUCGAUCUGCAACUGUUUCUCAGUCGCAAACUGAUCAUGGGUCGCACUGCCAAGGAGCCGGGCAUGUUUCAAAAUGCGGUCGUUGUUGGCAAUUUCCGCAGAGAUGCACUCGAACGAUAUACCGAAGAGGCUGCAAAAGUCGUUGAUGAAGAUAUCGAUCUCCAAGCAAUGCGCGACGUUGCGGCUAAAGGCGAAAAGCAAUAUCUGAGAACACGAAACUCAGCGUCCGCCGAGAGCGUAAAGCGUGCAAAGCAAAUUGCCCAAAGCCAGGACUCUGGUGCUACAAACAUGCUCUUCGAAGCUGACGAGACCGCUGAUCUGGAGCAACAAAGACUAGACAUGUUGGCAAGGUUGUCCAGCUUCCGGCCUGUAGAGACUGUCUUCGAGGUUGGAAAACGUGGUGAUGCAAAAGAUGCUGCCGCUGAGGUGAUGAAGAAACGGAGAGCAAACAUUGAAGCGCAGAAGGCGAAGAAGGCACUGGCGAAGGAAGAAGAAUCCGAAGAUGAAGUGACCGUCGCCAAAUCUGGAGCUGCUGAAGAUUCUGACGAGGAUGAGCUGAUAUUGACUCAACCUAAUGGGCCAGAGAUGGAACUUGCAUCGGACUCUGAGCUUGAGCUCACCUUUACUGCACCCUCCGAGCCUGGCACAUCAAAACGGCAAGCCAAGAAGGACAAGAAAGCAGCGUCCGGCCAAGACGAUGAAUUCUUCAUGUCUUACACUCCGUCCACCAUCAACAUGGCUGAGGACAAGGGAUAUGGAGUGCAUUCGGGAGGAACCAAUGCUUCGAAUCACUUCUUGGACCAAGCUAGGAAUGCAACAAUGGAUCUCAACGGAGACGAAGACAGCAGCUUCAAAGUGGCCAACAAAGCUGGAGCAGGUCUGCGCUGGGACAAGAAGAGCAAGAAAUAUGUUCAACGUGCCAAUGAUGACGAUGGCUCCAAGGGUGCUAAGAUGAUCCGAGGCGAAUCUGGGCUGAAGAUCGCUGCUUCGUUCAAGUCUGGUCGCUUCGAUCGAUGGAGGAAGGACAACCGCGUCGAGAGGCUUCCCCGGGUCGGAGAGAUGGAGAAGUCGAACUCACAUUUCGUAAAUCAGAAUUCUGGCGGGCAAGGAGGCAGGUUCAAGCACAAGCAAGAACGUGCUCCGAAGGAGGCGGAUAAGUACCGCGAUGAUUACCAUGUCAGGAAGAAGCGUGUCGCGGAGGCGAGGGAGAAGAGAGUUGGCAGAUUUGCAGAGGGCAAGGGGAAGAACGAGCUCAGAGGCGUGGACGAUGUGAGGAAGCUGAGGAAAUUGCAGGAGAAGAGGAAAGACAAGAAUGCAAGGCCUUCGCGGAAGAAGAACUAGGUAGUCGUUGGGUGUGUUGAGCACUAGUCGAAGUGACUGCCAUAUGGACGCCGGC